ACGGACACCUUAGUGCCUUACGAUACCUCGAACGUGAUCCGAAUAGUGUGGACAAUAGAAAAUUGUAUUAUGUGGGACAUCGUGCUCUCGAAAAAGUGAUUCGUUCUUGGUUGCUGUGUCUGAUGUUUAGCUGAACGUCCUGGCGCCAAGGACGCACAUCUAGAGAUGCUGAAGUGGACAGUUUCGAGAUCGUUGUCGACAACCAGUUCGACACCCCACGGUCCACCUACCUUGAACAAACCUCCCCGCCGGCCUUUCCGAGACUUGUCCAACACGCCACCAACUUCUGCUAGCUGCCGAACCAGGCAGGUAUCUACUCAGAAUGUGUCGAACACAUCUAGAACAACGCCGGCUCGGAGGAGAAGAUGCAGGAGUAGCGGAACUGACUUGAGGACAUAUUUUCAGGCGACGAAGCCGAAUUUGAGGUCGACUAAACGUCAGUCCGUGUCACAGGAAGCAGAGAAUUCACCGGUGUCUGAGAGCUUCUAUCAAAGUACGCCGAGAGUAGACACCGAUAUCGGACCGCUCACGUAUUAUCCACCAGGUAGCAAGUGCUCAACGGCCUUGACCCUACCGACGGAUCCCGCGCUCUUCAUGAACAAUUGCGCCAAGAACUUUCAGAGCGACAACGAGCUGCCGCAGAAUGUUGUCAACGAGGCGCGAGCGAAUCUGCAGUCGCAUGUCUCCGACUUCUUCCACCAGAUCUCGAUGGCGACCAGCCCCGAAGACGUGAUGGAGGCAGGUUCGAUGCCCCUGGGUAUCCCGAAAACCAAAGUUUAUUCUCAGAACGUCGAACAGAAGACACGGUCGGUGAGAACGCCGUAUUUACCAAAGUUGGCGAAAAUCACGAAAAUUCAUUCGCGAUGCCGGACACCGUAUCACACUAAGCUCGCUCAAGCAAUAAGUCCCUUCAAGCCGAAGGCAGCUCAAGGACAGACGCCGCUCGUCGGAAAAUUGUCGAGCCUCACCAUAGAUCAGGACUUACCGAAGUACGAGAAUAUGGACAACACAGUCACGGAAGUGCUUCACAGAGAGCAAGAGGUCAAUUUCGGAAGCAAGACUGUAGCGGAAAUUCUCAUGGUUGAUGCCGAGGAAAGAAACAAGGUUCUAGAAGCGUCGUGCGAAAAACGACCGGAUUCGACGACAACGGAUCAUACGUACGAGACUAUCGCGGAGAUAGUAGAGGAAGAAUCGCCGGCGCGCAACGAUAGUUCCAUAUCGUCGGUCAGUCAACUCCUGGAGGACCCUUCACCGGUAUCUUGGGCUUUCACAUCGCCUCUGAACGACCUCGAUGGUGAGUUUACGCUGAAGAGGCAACGUGGCAUUCGCCGGAAACGUCCGCGAAAGGACGGCGACAAAGCGGUGGACGGCAAACGGGCCAAGAGGACGUGCAGUCCCUCGAUAAAGGAGGAUCAGAUCACGUUAAUCGAAGCCAUCAAUCCAAAUGUGAAGAAGCUCGUAUUAGAGACCGAUCUCGACUCGACCUUGGACGAGAAGCACGUGCCGGCUACGAAGAUGUCGUUCUACGAUGUUGAUGAUCGUAAGGAGGACGAUAUUAGCAGGAAGACUAGUUCCUGGGACCUCGACAGCCUCAAGUCGUCCAUGAUGGAUGAUCUACAUAGCUCGAAAUCAUUCGUUACUUCUAUGUCGACAACUCCGGAGGUCCCCUUAGUCGCGACUGUCAGAAGAUGUUUGAAAUUCAGUCCCGAGGGCGAGCUGCCGACGAGAUCCAAUUGUCGUGGAUCGAUCGAAAUCGAGUGCUCCCUCGUGGCGGAGCAUAUACACGUUCGAGUAAUAAGGUGUAAGGAUCUGAGGCGGGCGUACGAAGGACCGGUGCACGCGUACGUCAAAGCGAGUCUAAAGAACAUCAGCGGCGAGGGAGUCGUCAAGAGGACCGCAGUUCACCGCGCUACGCCGAAUCCGGUGUUUCGCGAGACCCUUAUACUCCCCUGUCCGGCAUACAAUAGUCACUGUACCGGUCACAGGCCCACGUCCCUGGACAUCGCCGUCUGGCACCGGGAUCGCCGUGCGAGACGUAGCGAGUUGCUGGGCUGCAUGACUCUUCCUCUGCCUCUGUCCCAGGAUAAGGAAGCGACAUGGCAUCCUCUGGAAGCCGGAUCCGUCCGAAAUACGAGCACCCCUUUCGCGGGUGUACCUCAAGACUGCGUCGUGUCGCCGCCAUUAUCCAAGGAUGGCGAGUCAGAUAAUAACAACUCAGGGACGGGCGAUUUGAUGUACUUGAGGCAUCUGGAGCUAGAGCCAGUCGAUCCGUUGACAGGCCUGCCUCUGCACCCGGGUUUUACCGCGAAAGGCGGCAGAACGCCCUGUACUAUCACGAGAAGGCUGAUAAGGCAAACCUCGGUCAAUCAGGCCAAUCAGAUCCCAUGGGGAUUUUCGUUGUCGUGGGGCAGGCCACCGCGAGUAGAACGCGUGGACUCGGGAAGUCCGGCGGAUCGUUCCGGCUUACGGCCGGGUGAUCACGUAGUCUUCGUGGAGACGACGAACGUCGUGACGAGACCACGAGAUGAAAUUCUGGGCCUUAUCCAGGCCGCCACGAAUCAGCUGGUGCUGGAGGUGCAUCGUAAAGGAGGUGCCCAAUCGUCCAGUACCCACAGGCCUAGCUCAGUGAACGCCACUCUUCAGCCCACCACCGUCGCCGGUCCCAACGUACCGGUCCAGCAUACGGUCACGUUCAGCGCCGAGGUCUUUCCGAACCUGGCGCCUGACGCGUCACCCGAGGAGGAGUUAACUGUACGUGAGACCAGGUACUGGGGCGUCCUGAAGAGCGGCCACACACGCUUUAUGAUCCCGCUGCUCGAGCGACGAGAUGUCCUGUCGGCGGCGGACUAUCUAAUCCUUUUCCAAAACUUGGACGAACUGCUCAAAUUGUCCGAAGAAAUCAGGGACGAAGGCGGCGGUGUCGACAGCUAUCUCUGUAGAGUUCCUAAAAUCACAGCUGCCUACCGAAGAUACCUCAGUGGCCUACAACGUGCCUGCUGCCUGCUGGUCGCUCUCAGACGGAACGCGGCCUUCGCCAAGCUGGUCUGCGAGCCCGCUGUGCCGCAUAAACGGCGCCCCGAUCUCACCGGGGUGUUGCUUCUACCCUUAGAACACUACAGAGAGAUGACGAAAUUGUUGGGCCAGGCGUCACCGCGAAAUUGCCAACAAGCAAGGGACUUGGCCCAGGGUUAUAGAGAAGCUACAGCUAACGCGGGUGUCAUGGAACCACCGCGAGACACCGGAAGGCCCCUAUUAAGUUUACAGGAAGUAGAAUCUCGAUUGGUAUUCGCGAGAUGCAAGCCGUUUACCUUAGCGAUGCCGGGAAGACGAUGGCUUUUCGGCGGAGCUCUCGCUAAGGUCGAAGGUCGAGCGCGUCUGCAACCGUCCUGGGCGCUGCUGUUGACUGAUCUUCUAGUGUUCGCGCGGGUAUCGCGAGACCGCGUGCUCUUCGUCACCGAAGAACCUUUGCGAUUAUCCAGCAUCGCCGAGGCAUGCUUCACCGUGCGAAAGAGACCGACGGAGUUUCGACUGCAGGUCGCCAUACACCCGAACGGCAGCGUGGACAACGGUCACGCCGAGACGAUAAACAGCGGCGGUUGCAGCCCGCAUAGUCGACCCCGAAGACGCGUUCUCAUUCUUCGAGCGCCCACCCCGGAGCUCAAGGCCGUUUGGCACAAUCUUCUUCAACGGCAAAUCAUCUAUGUGAAUACAGGCUGUGGCUUGGGCUCGUCGGAUCAGGACAGCCCCGAAGAGAGUCCAGUUGCCGGCAACAAUUUCGCCGCGAGUAGAGAAUGCUUGGAAAGUUCGCAGAUCACGAGAGAACCUCGGCAACCUAACGAGGAGGAGAAGGAGUCUCACUCCGGCGAGAUCCUAGAGACGAUCUUGAAGAACUCUCGGGAGAACAAUCACCUAGCUCAAUGGGUGCGCAAUUCGCACCAGAUCCCUCCUCCGGAUCACGAGGGUUCGUUCGAGGAAUGGACGGCCGAGGAAUUGGCGGCCAGAACCCCCCGAGAGAGCAAUAGCCGGUCGACCAGCCAGGACACCGCGACGGAGGAGGUCACCACGGCGAAUUCCGACGUGGAGCAACAGAGCACCGCGUCGAGCGCAAGUUUAAGUACCGUGAAAUCGAACAGUAUGACGCGGAAAAACGGCAGUCACGUGCCCACGAAGGAGAACUCCACGGGCUCCAUCAGCAUUUGCCGGAGAUGUCAUAGAUCGGGUUGUCCUACGCCGCCGUUGCAAAGGGACCCGUUUUCCCCGUUGCCACCAAAGAUCUCGGUUCUUCCACCGACUCCCGAUUUCUGCACGAGGCACAGACUGCGAAAUGGACUGCACGAUAGCCCAGGACGUAACAGUCCUAGUUACACGCCUGCGGAUGGUAACACCGAGGACGGCAGCGAGGACGACCUCGAUUGUGACGGAGAACCCCCUUACAGAGCUUUGAGACGUUUUGGUACGAUGAGUAGCCUGGAUCAAGACGACGAGUUGGAUGAGCAAGGGGACGACGACAACCGGGACUCGGAAUCGCCGCCAUCCGGCUUGAGAGCGUGGACUGCCCGAGCGAGCAGCUACGUCGUCAGCAAGAUGGUUUUGCUGGAACAGCUCAGCGAAGGUGUCGGCGGUUAUCUUCUUCAACCGCCGGUACCCCCGGAGCGAACCGAGUUCUCGCUGGACCCAAACGACGAGGAAGGUACCACGUCCGGGGCGACUUCCGGCGACGAUAUAUGGGGCACGCCAACCUCCGGCGGACCGGACGACGAAAGUUUCACCGCUAAUUCGCCGCCGCCGAACGGCUGCAGCAGCAGCGGUGGCGCGGUGGGUGCCAUCGGUGCCAUCGGUGAGGACAAUUACGGCCUAAAUCUGUCGGUGGACGACGAUGUCGAUCCGGAAUCGGAGAAUGAAGAUUGCUCGUUGCCGGAGCUGAGUAUGGACCAGUUGUUGAGCGGCAGCGGUAGUCUGGGUUCGCUGCGCUGCUUCCUGGGUAGGAGGCGGCUGGAGCCGCUGCCGGAGGAGGAGGAUUCGCCUGGCAGCGGCAAGCACCAGGUCGGAUGGUGGUGACAGCGGUUUCAGACGGCGUCCAAGUCGAGCGUCGGUGCGAACGCGGAGGCUCGUGACCGCGUAUUCGCCAAGCUGAGUCAGGAGGACGAGGAGUUUCGCCGGAAAAUCGUCGAUUUGCAUCGCAAGCUGUCGGACGUGGACGCGGAUGUGCCACCGGAAACGGCCGGUUCGCCCAAUUCCCGGAGUUCCGAACGUCUGAGGGAGUUGGAAGCCGUCGCGAGAAGAGCGGAGGAGACCAAUUCCCGCAACGCCGAGGAGAGACGGGAAGCGAUGCGGAGGGAAGACUCUAUCGAAAGUGACAGGAGAAGACCUAGAGGCCGAAGAGCCGAUCAGCUGAGGAGAUCGAGGAGGUUCGAGGAGGAGUUCGACGAUCAGAAUGGGAGGGCGAGUCCGUCCAGCGCCGGUGAAACAAAUUUUCUGAAUAGACUAAGGCUAAAGAGACGGAGCAUGAAGCUACUGAGCUUUCUGAGCGGGAAAGCAGCGGACAGAUCGCAGGAGGAGAGAGCAGCGCGACUACUGAGGCUGUACAUGCCGGAUAGGGGCGGCGCCAGGACGACGCAGAACACAAUCUCGAUUCAUCACACGUCGAGAGACAGGCGCUUCUGGAAACUGCGUAAUCGGAGACGAACCAGUUCCGCGUAAACUCAUCGGAGUCGCCGUUGGGCGAUGCUUUACUCGUGGGUCACACUUGUUGCCGUCGAGUGUAUGAGCGAUCGUGUCGCUCCGCACGAAAAAACAUGGCUAUCGGGGUAUCACAUUUUGCAACGAGAUCGUUACGCAAUAAUUAUAUUAUUCGUCGUCGAAAUUUCAAUUAUGAAUUAGAACGUAACACAUUAACGGUUUAUCUAGAUAGCAUUAAAUUCCUGUAAAAUCGUGUUAGUUUGAAAAAACAUUAUUAAUAUAUAAAAAUGUAUCAGUAAUAUUAAUACUGGGGAAGCUACGUAAUAAUAUGAUUCCUGUGUGAUAGCAUAGAGGAGGAUUAGAAUUGCUUACAAAUUACAUUUUAAAAUGACACUGUAAGAGAUUGAUAAGAUUUGACACACGAGUAAACCGUCGCUCAGAAAACUGUACAUUAAAAAGAAAAAGAGAUCGCGAGGAUGGGGAAUCGAAAGAGAAACGGCAAUCACUGUCUCUCUGUUACUAGGACUUCCAAAAACAUUCGCGUUUACCGAGACUUUUUGAAUUCCGCUCGUGCAUGUACGAGAGGCCGAAGUUGUUUUCAUAGAGUGGUAGUAGUGAAUACGAAUAGCUGAGACAUUAGUUUAACUGCAGUUCCAAUCUAGUUCACUUCUUAGUAUCGCAAAGGAGUAAAAGUCGCAGUUGGUCCUUAACGCGGUGGCAAUGGAAACACAAUUCCAGAAUUAGUCGGUCGAGUACAGUUUCAGAACUGCGCUAUUAGUACGCUUGCUAAACCUCGCAGGGACAGAGAAUGUUCUCUGGGCACGGCCUAGCGAAUCGUUUCCGGAUCGUUCGAGCUGAUCGGCGGCAUGAUGGGCAGUUGGAAUCGGCGAGUUUUGCUCGCGAAGUGUAGAUCUUCUUCUGAAUUUCGACUCUUUUUUUGGAACACUGUAUCUAAGUAGGUCCGCACGACUGACCCAAAGCGGCAUUUAUCUUCCACUUAUACUGGGUGUCCCGCAACAAGCUAUCUUUACGCGAGGUUGAGACCAUUUUAUGUCAAGGAGAUAAAUAUAUCUGAGGGAGGGCGGCUGUGAUAUAAUAAUAAUAAUAUUAAAAUAAUUUAAUUUAAAAAAUCAAAGUAAUAUUAAAUUUAAUUUAAGUUUAUAUUAUUAUUACACUACAGCCGUUAUUAUUGUGCAAUAACGAUCUAAUGACGAGUCCUGAAUUUAAUCCUAAUUGAAUUCAAUGUAAGAUUAUACAUACAUAUAUUGCAAAUCGGAAUCUAACAUUUAUAUUUGAACUUUUUGACUAGAAGUCAGGAAAUCCAUGAUUGAGAUAAUGAAAUCUUAUUGCAGGGCAUCUUUUAGAUUUUGCUCCCGCCUGCUAAAGGUCCCAAAUCCACUGGGUAUGCAGAUUUUAAAAUUGGAGUCUACUCUCAUCGAUCACAUUUACUUUAACGAGUAUGUGUCGCAAAGAGUCAUCAUCCGCUACUUCAUUUGUCAUUAAUUUUCAGCAUUAUAUAUAUUUCAUGAAUUAAAUUUUGGAAUAAAGUUAAGAAUAAAAUCUCAAUUAAAAAGUGUUAUGCAACCUGGGGAUGUGGGACGCUUUAAACAGACUAAGAAUUAAAUAAAACACUAAAAUUUUAACAUUAUUGUUAGUAGGUUGUAAACUGGUCGAUUGACCGCAUAUGCAAAAUAUAAAUAAAACUAUAUUAUUUGUUCAA